AUGGAAGAGCUCGGCCAACUUUUCAACGGGGUCUUUGGUUAUGCUAUAUGGCCAUACAGGAUUCCUUCCUUGGAUUCUCAACGAGCGUUGGGCGUCUGUGUAGCAGAGUUUGUAAAGUCGUUCGGGGGAGACGACAAGCUGAUCAUUGUCUAUUACGGGGGCCAUGGUGGCUUGAAUGUGACUUCAAAGAGUCCCUGUACCUGGGCAGCGUAAGUCGUUGGCCUAAGAGAUCACACUCCCAAAAUAUCUGACACUUGGCCUACAGACUGGUUCAAGGAGGGCCCACAGUGUACAGGUCUAUUAUUCAGCCUCUUUUAUUUGGUGCUGGUUGCGAUGUUGCAAUCUUCCUGGACUGCUGCUUUGCCGGACAGGCUGCCCGAUCCCACACUUCUCAUAGCAUCGAAUUUCUUGCUGCAACCGACAAAGACCAAAUGACACCAAGCGGCAGCAAAACUUGGCCAUCCUUUACCAAAGUUCUCAUGCACGAGAUGGAGAAAAUGACGAGGGAAGGGUUUUAUAUUACUCUCCCCGAGCUGGCGCGGCGGCUGGUUGCUGCUGACUCUGGACUCCGACGCCAACCAUUCUAUGUCCCUCUGGGUGGAAGCAACUCCGUGGGAUCUAUCACGCUGUCGAAGCUACAAAGACCGACAGAAACCUCGAAUAGUGAAGACCAGAUACUGUCUGCAGCAUCGCUUUCUAUUCGACUAUCUCUUUUCAGCCAACUUGAUUUGGGAACUGCGGAGGCACUUAUCAAAUGGAUGACAAGGGAUUCGCCUUCCCAUAUCUCCAACAUACAGCUAGCUGACCAGGUCUUGACUGAUGCCACGGGGGCCAACGCCCUUGGCCUCGAACUUAUAAAUCAGCGGCCCCAGGACGGUAAUAUGUUGCCAUAUCUGAGCAAGGAGGGUCAACUUGAGGCCGCAAGGCUUUUGCACGCUCUCAAAACCGCCCUGUCACACCCCAGCUCCCCGCAACUAACAGACGUUGAGGCAACGAGUAUUCUUAGUAACGUCCGACAGAAGUCUCUCAACUUGAUGGAUUUCAUUUCUGACUCCCUCUCAAAUUUUGGAAAGUGGUCAGCUUGAUAAGAUGAGGUCGAAUACUACUUGCGAGACAGAAUCCUUGAAGGACCGGAUUGCGAUGCGUCUGAACUUACUUGGAGAGGACGUUCAAGCGAAUAACAUUCGAGUGAGCUUCGAGUCCCCUUCAAAGCAGGAUCAACGGCUUAGGGGAGGCAAAAAGAAUGGAGUGUCAGUUCUUGUCGAGUACUACUACCCUCAGAUUGAAGAUGAAAAGGCCUGGGCAGACCUUUCCCAGCAGGUUGCCAAAGUUUCAGCCCUGCAAUGCGAGCCGAAGGGUGAAAACUUUCGAAUUCUUCCAGGCCUUGGCUUCUUAUCGGAAUCGCUCAUUGUGCCAAGAUUUGGAUUCGUUUACAAGCUCCCGGAGAACAGACUUGGCUGCAAGUAUAUUUUUCUUUCUGACCUCCUUGACCAGGUGAAAGUGGUUCCACUGAAUAUCAGGGUACGAACCGCAUCGGCGUUGUGCGAGGCCGUGAUAAAUUUGCAUUCUGUUGGCUGGUAUCAUAAAGGCAUCAAAAGUGAGAACGUCAUAAUCUUCGAAUCAGCAGCGAGCUGCAACACCGAGUCAAAAGAUACAUAUGUCCGAUGGGACUUUGCAAAUCCUUACUUUGUCGGUUUUGACUGUUCUAGACCAGCAGAAGCUGAGACCAGAGGCACCGUCGACUUCUUGAUAAGAAGCAAUAUUUAUCGCCAUCCAGAGCGAUGGGGCAGAUCAAUGCGGUUUGAACGACAUCAUGAUCUCUAUGCACUGGUGAGGGAUCUUAACAGAAUGUCCUCUGAAUAAGCUGUAAAGGCGCUGACAAUCUUCUCAAUUUUAGGGCAUUCUACUUGUUGAGAUUGCUUGCUGGAAGACGCUUCCGAGUAUGGACAGCAAGCGAUCCAACUUUGACCACAUCCAGAAUCCCGAAAAGCUGAUGAGCUUCCUGCUUCGAGUGGCAGAUGAAAAGGUCUCCCAUGCCGCUGGAACAGAGUAUGCCGAAGGGCUCCGUAGUUGCCGGAACUCUAGGGAGUGGAAACAGUAUGAGAACUGGCAGUUCCAAAACCUAGUCCGGGAUAAAGUGUUGCGACCACUACGCGCACUUUCUGGUGAUCAUAUCUAG